AUGUAACAUAAAAAUUAAUUUGCUUUAUAAUCUACUGUCUCUCUUUACAAGCAAUCUUUUGAAGUUUAAAAUAUUGAGAAAGAAAGUCAAAUUACUACGGAAAAAUCUCAAUUCAAACAAUAAAUUGGUAUUGUUGAAGAUAUUAAAAAUAGACUAAGCAAUGUUAUGGGGCUUGUUCUAAUGAUUCUCAGUAUUCUACUGAUGGUAGCAAAUAUGCUAGCUUUUAAGGAAAUAAGGAGAUAAAACAUCAAUUUCAGUUAUAUUGAAUUACUAAUGGUGAGAGGCUUAUUCCAAACUAUCAUUUAAGCUGCCCAAAUAAAAAUAUUGAAAGUAUCCCUUUAGAUAAGCAAGCAAUAAUUUAAGCUCUGUAUUGGUAGGGCCUUACUCUCUCUAAUUUCAAUGUAGAUGCUAUGGUAUAGCUUUCAAUACUUGAAUAUGGGAAUAUUCUCAUCAUUAUAAAAUCUAAAGCCUCUCUUUACCUUACUUCUAGGAUAUGUGAUAUUAAGAGAAUCACUUAGAUUACCUGAGAUUCUAAGUAUACUAAUAUCUUUCACAGGUGCUUUGAUGAUAGUUAUAUCUCAUAACCAACAAGCCAAUGCUUCUACUGCAUAUGAGGUUGAUUAAUAGCAAUUUUGGAUAGCUGUGAUAUGUAAUAUAGGUGCAAGCACUAUUGGAGCUCUUGCAAUGGUAGUAAUACGAUCAUUAAAAAAUGUUCACUAUACAAUUGUAAAUGGCUUCUACGGAGUAGCUCUCCUUGUUAUUUCAUCAUUAAUAUGGUUAAUCUUUAGGUUUCCAAAUGAAAUAGAAUACAAUUUUGACACUUAUCAAGUAUGUUUAAUGUCAAUGAUCGGGAUUCUAACUACAGCCUCAAACUAACUUAAGAUCGUUGCUUUAUCCAAAGAUAAGGCAGGAAGAAUCGCUUCUCUAUAGUUUUUAGAAGUGUUUUUCUCUUACUGUUGUGAUUAUUUCCUAUACUCAAUCCAAAUUCAGAUGCUAGAGAUGCUAGGAGCAGUACUAAUAGUAGCAUGCUCUAUAGCUAUGUUGAUUUUUAAAAUUAAACUUUAGUGA